AUGGAUUAUAUGGCCUACGAAUUCGCCACAGAAUUUUCAGCUGCCUCAAAAGCAGUCAAAACGUCAUUUUACGUCGACGAUUCAUUGGGCGGCAGCCAUGAUGCCGAGUCUGCCAUCCAGCUGCAUGGGGAACUCAUCGAAAUGUUCGGAAGAAGGAAAAUGAAGUUGGCAAAAUGGAAUACAAAUGACCCAGUCGUACGUCGGCACAUCAAGUCGACGGGAUCAUCGAUGAUCGAGCUCAACAAGGAGGAAACGACAGCGGUAUUGGGGAUGCACUGGGACUCGGUAGAGGAUACUUUCCAAUACAUAAUCAAAAACCCAGUACGAGUAGAGGGCGCGACCAAGCGCACCGUAUCGUCCGACAUAGCACGAUUAUACGAUCCAUGCGGUUAUUUAUCAUGCAUCAUGACUUUCGCCAAGGUAGUGCUAAAGGAGCUGUGGCAUGAGAAGGUGGAAUGGGACGACACAGUCCAAGGCGAAAUACUAAAUCGCUGGACAAAAUUCGCUGAAGAAAUGCCGCACAUCACCAAAGCGAGAAUACCGCGAUGGAUAGGCACCAGCAGGGAAUCAAAGAAGCAAAUCCAUGGAUUUGCUGACGCGUCAAUGUCAGCAUAUGGCGCAACAUUCUAUUUGCGGCAAGAGCGGGAAAACGAGCCAGCAACGUCACACUUGGUCUUCGGAAAAGCUCGUGUGGCACCUAUCAGAGGAAGCACCAUACCAAAAUUGGAGCUGACGGCAUGUCAUCUUGCGGCACGGUUGUUGGAGCAAGUAAGAUUGGCUCACGACGUCGACAUAGGCGAUUGCACAUUGUGGAGCGACUCAAUGAUUGCGCUUCAUUGGAUUGGAAAGUCACCAACCAAAUUGGAUACAUUCGUUGCCAAUCGGGUAAGCGAAAUCCAAGAGUUGACGGUGGGAAUCGAAUGGCGACACGUCGAUACGAAAAGCAAUCCAUCCGAUUUGGCCUCGCGUGGAAUAUCGCCUACGGAAUUGGUCGACAACGGGUUGUGGUGGAACGGCCCUCAUUGGCUAGCGCUCAACAGAGAGGAAUGGCCAGAAACCAAACUGGUACUCACCGAAUUAGACAUGCAAGUCAUUAGCUGCCAUGAGCGAAAAACAGUGGCCAUCGUCAACGCGCACACUGAAAGUGAUGGGCCUAUUCUUAAUCAACGGGGCAGCCUAUUACACCAAUACAGCAGCUGGGCAAAGCUUCUACGCAUCACAGCGUACGUACUCAGAUUCACCGUAAAGAAGAAAUUCCGCACAAGGGGCCAGCUGGCCGAUCACGAAAUCAUCAGCGCGGAAAAUAUUUGGGUGCGACAUAGCCAGAGCACGUAUUUCGACAGAGAGAUCAAAACAAUAACCAACAAACAAAACCUACCAGAGGGGUCUCCAUUGUCAAGGUUGACUCCAUUUGUGGACGAUGAUGGCAUUCUGCGGCUAGCCGGAAGAAUCAAGAGAUCAAACAUGCCAUACGACACCAUUCACCCAAUAUUAUUGAGCGGGAAGUGUACCACAGCAAAAUUAAUCACCGAGCAAGCUCACGAUGCGACAUUGCAUGGAGGGACACAACUCACACAACAAUACAUCCGACAGGGGUAUUGGAUUUUGGGCGGUCGACACGCAGUGAAGUCAGCUAUAGGAAAGUGCGUGCCAUGCAUACGGCAAAGAAAAGAGACGCAGCAUCAGCUGAUGGGACACCUGCCAGAAGAAAGAGUAACACCGGGUCGACCAUUCGAAUCAUCAGCCGUCGAUUAUGCGGGGCCGGUAAACAUCAAACGGUAUAACGCGGCCCGAAAGAAAAUAAUCGACAAGGGUUACAUAGCCGUGUUCGUUUGUACACGCACCAGAGCGGUACAUCUAGAGCUCGUAUCAGACAUGACGACAGAGGCAUUCAUCGCAGCAUAUACAAGAUUCUCGAGCCGGCGGGGGAGGAUCAGGGUGCUGAUUGCUGACAACUCCACAACAUUUCAGGGAGCCUCAAAUGAACAGCAACAAAUUCGGAGAACAUUCCAGGACGAUUCAGAUGAAUGUCAGCGGAUACACAGCACCUGGAGAAGCCUUAGCAUGCAAAACGGGACCACAACACAGUGGAAAUUCAUUCCUCCGUCUGCUCCACACAUGGGCGGACUGCACGAGGCUGCCGUAAAGAGAGCCAAGGCUCACCUCAAGCAGUUGGCAACGUUACUUACGCAGGUGGAGGCUUGCCUGAAUUCCAGACCACUGCUUGCACUAAGCGACGAUGCCACCGACGAAUUGGCACUAACGCCGGGUCACUUUUUGGUGGGAGAGCCGAUUAUCGCGCCGCUUGGUCGCGAUUACACCUCAACAGCAGCCAACAGGCUCAAGAAGUUUGAGCUAAUGAGGAAAAUGACGCAGGAGUUUUGGUCACGCUGGUCCAACGAAUAUGUGACCACGCUCAUGGAACGCAACAAAUGGCGUCAUAGCCAACCAAACCUUAAAAUCAACGACAUAGUUUUAAUCGCCACUGACACACUGCCACCAACACAAUGGCCUCUGGGACGGGUGACAAACAUCAUAAAGGGUGACGAUGGCCACGUCAGAGUGGCAGAUUUAACCAGCAGAGGACACACUUAUCGGCGGCCAAUCGUCAAACUAUGCCAGCUUCCAGUUGGACCAGACAGAGCAUCGAGCCAGGCCGGGCCAGCGGGGGAGGAUGUUCAAAGUUGA